AUGGCCAACGGACUUAAAGUUUUAAUAGUACUGUCAGUAGUGAUGUUGGUUGUUAUUGCUGUCACAGUUCGCCAAGUUUCAAAACCGUUGGUCAUUGUGGAAACGGUAAUAUUGUUUGCUUUUGUUGUGCCGACUUUAAUAAUUGGAGGUUUUAUGAUAUACCGGAGGAGGCGUUCUAGCAGAGAAACUCAGAUUCAUACAAAUGCAGCAGGUUCAUCAGUGAACGUACUGACUCCUGGACGGUCUCGUUCAUUUAGUGUAGAGGAAUUGAAAACAAGUACUAGAAAUUUUAACCAGAAGAUUGGACAGGGAGGUUUCGGAGCAGUGUACUUUGGCUGCUUGGACGAUGGGAAAGAAGUUGCUGUAAAAGUGCUCUCUUCCAGUUCAAGCCAAGGAGUUGCUGAGUUUUUGAACGAGAUUGAUUUGCUGUCUAAAGUAAAUCACAAGAACUUGGUGUCUCUGCUUGGAUACUGCAGCGAUGAUGCCAGAGAACUUAUGCUUGUUUAUGAAUACAUGGGCGGAGAAUCACUGAGUGAGCAUCUUUAUGGUUCUUUGGCUGAUGCCUGUAAAUUGGACUGGAAAUCCAGGCUUCAAGUAGCCUUAGAUGCAGCAGAAGCUUACACUACGCUUCUUUUCCUUGAAGGACUUGAAUACCUCCAUGUGAGCUCCACACCAAAAAUCAUCCACAGAGAUGUGAAGAGCGCAAAUAUUCUCCUAGACCGUAAUCUCCGAGCAAAACUUGCAGAUUUCGGCCUUUCAAAAAUUGUUAAGAACACUGAAAACAAAACUAUCCCUACUCAUAUGACCACCAUCAUAAAGGGAACAGUGGGAUACGUAGAUCCAGAGUAUUUUGAUACGAGCAAGCUGACGGAAAGAAGUGACGUGUAUAGCUUUGGAGUGGUUCUGUUGGAGAUUAUAUGUGGGAGGAAAGCAAUAGACACUGAUUUCUGUGAAGAAGAAACAAACCUUGUGAAAUGGGUAACGCUCCAUGCAAACUUGGGUGAAGAUUCUCCUAGGCAGUUGACAGACAUCAUAGACAAAAGAUUAUCACUUUCCGAAAAUAACUUGAAAUCAUUCUAUGGCAUAGUUAAGAUGGCAAUAAAAUGUUCAUCUGUGAGCGUACUAACUUCUGGACGGUCUCGUUCAUUUAGUGUGGAGGAAUUGAAAACAAGUACUAGAAAUGUUAACCAGAAGAUUGGAAAGGGAAGUUUCAGAGCACUGUAUUUUGGCUGCUUGGACGAUGGGAAAGAAGUUACUAUAAAAGUUCUCUCUUCUAAUUCAAGCCAAGGAGCCGCUAAGUUUAUGAACGAGCACAUUGGUUAG